UAUGUGUUAAUUAUCUACCACAAGACAAUAAUGACAUUUGUCCAAGGCCCUAUGAUUUAUCUAAGGUCAUUAACCGUGUCUGAAGCAAACACUAUUUGGGCAACUUGAAACACCCCCAUAUUUUUGACCAUGUCCAAUGUUACAAAUGGGUUAGUCACUGUUUUAUUACAACAAUGAUGAGGAACAGAUCUUGUACCUGCUUAGUAAUUUUGCUGCUGAGCUUGUCUGAAAUGGCUCACAGUGGAAAUGUACUGGUGCUUCCUGGUGAAUACAGUCACUAGCACAACGUGCACAUAAUCAGAUAUCUCCUCUGCUGUUGACAAUAAAGGUCAAAGUUUUGUUUUCACGUGAUAGAUGUGGAGGUUUGCAGGUUUUGUGCUCUGGCUUAUUCCAUGUGUGAGCUACAAGGCUGAUCAUCCUGCAAUCAUGAGUGCACGUGGGAGAGCUGCUCUCUGCCUUCUUUUCCUGCUCAGUCUGAACCAAACUCUGCUGUGUGUGACAGCAGGGAAAAUCCUCGUCUGGCCUUCGGAAUUCAGUCACUGGCUUUACAUGAAAAUCAUCAUCGAUGAGCUUAUAACGAGAGGACACAGUGUGACCAUAGUUACUCACAGUGCUACACCAUCUGUAAUGACAGAGCAGUCUCCGGGCUACAAUGUGGAGAUCAUACAGGUGCCUCACAGCAAGAAGGACGUUAUUGACAACUGGGACAGGCUUUUAAACUAUUGGAUGUAUGACCUGCCAAAUACCAACAACAUCCAGGCUUUUCUGAAGCUCACUGAAAUUAUUGACAAUAUAAUCGAGCAGAAUCAAGUACUAUGCAGGGAGCUUUUUGCACGUGAAGAUCUGCUGGAGAAGUGGAGAAAGGAAAAGUUUGAUGUUCUUCUGACAGAUCCUGUGACUAUAUGUGGGGAACUGUUAGCACAGAAGCUCAACCUGCCGUUCAUCAACAGUGUGAGGAUCAGUUUUGGGAGUUUAAUUGAGCGACUCUGUGGCCAGCUGCCGGCACCACCAUCCUAUGUGCCAGCUGUUGGCAUGGGCUACACGGAUCACAUGGAUUUCCCACAGAGAGUGAAAAAUAUAUUGUUUAUUGUCUUUCAAGAUAUAAUGUUUAAUCUAAUGGUCAAGCUGAAAUGGGAUCACCUCGCCACAGAAGUCAUGGGCAAACCCACAACAAUAUGUGAAACUAUUGGCAAAGCUGACAUCUGGUUAAUCCGCAUGUAUUGGGACUUUGAGUAUCCACGGCCACUCCUCCCAAACUUCAAAUUUGUGGGUGGCUUACAUUGCAAGCCUGCAAAACCUCUACCAAAAGACAUGGAGGACUUCGUGCAGAGCUCGGGAGAUGACGGUACUGUAGUGUUUUCAAUGGGUUCCGUAGUAAAAAACCUCACCAAAGAGAAAGCGAACACCAUCGCUUCAGCGCUCAGCCAGAUUCCCCAAAAGGUCUUGUGGCGAUACACAGGCGAGAAACCAGAAGCUCUUGCUUCUAAUACUAGACUCUAUGACUGGAUUCCCCAGAAUGAUUUACUAGGACAUCCUAAAACCAAGGCCUUCAUCACCCAUGGUGGGCUUAAUGGAAUAUAUGAAGCGAUUUAUCAUGGAGUUCCCAUGGUGGGCCUGCCGCUGUUUGCGGAUCAGCCUGACAAUGUAAAUCACAUGAAAACCAAGGGAGUUGCUAUUAUGCUUGACUUCAACAAAAUAGAGACCAACGACUUGAAGCAGGCUGUCGACGAUGUCAUUAACAAUCCAUCCUACAAGGAGAGCAUGAUGAGGCUAUCCCAAAUCCACCAUGAUCAACCAAUGAAGCCGCUAGACCAGGUCGUCUUCUGGAUUGAGUUUGUGAUGCGCAAUAAGGGGGCCAAGCACCUGAGAGUUGAAGCUCAUAACCUCACAUGGUAUCAGUACCACUGCUUGGAUGUAGCAGCCUUUUUGCUCUCUAUAAUAACACUGGCUGUGUUCAUCUUGGUGAAAACGUGCAGUUGGUUCUUUCGCAAAUGUUCCAGAAAGACCGCAACAAAGAGCAAGAAAGAGUGAAGCAUGUGCAUAUUAAUGUAUUAAUAAUUACUGUGAUAUUUGUACAUAUCUUUUUGGACUAAAACACUCUGUGUUACAUGUACAUGUACAUAUCCAGGAUAACUUUUAAAUUAUUCCAACACUAUUCAGAACAAAUCAACUAACCAUGGAUGUUUAUCUAUAUCAUGUAUGGUGUAGUUUGUUUUUUAAUUAAAGAUUAAAAUAAAGAUUUUUUUAGCUUAA